UUGCAUGCAGAAUUUAAAUAACUUCUAGGGAUAAUGCAUUUUUUUUUACUGUAAGCAUAAAUGGUGGCUUUUGCAAUGGAAAGUUUUGAAGUGGUAAGAUGAUGUUUUCACCCGAAAAGUAAUCUUCGUUCUCAAUAAAUUUGGCGGAAUCUAAUGAAAUUAAAGAGAAGUAUUUUGUCACUAUCUCGUUCAUUCCACUCGCAGAGAACAAAAAGGAUGAAUGUUGUACUACAUAUAUGUGUGUGUGUGUUUGCUGUUGACAAAAUGAAAUAUUUUUCUUUUAUAUUUUCUUUGAACAACAUUAUAUGUCAUUUUCUUAUAGAUUAUAAGUCAAAUCCUUUUUGCAAGUAUAUAUAUGUGUGUGUGUGAAUUAAAUGAAAUUAUGAUAGUAUUCCUUUUUGUUAAGUUCUGAUUUAUAGUAUAGUAUUCCUUUUUGUUAAGUUCUGAUUUAUAGUAUCUUUAUCAAAAUGUAUUAUAAUAGUGCCAAACAGUUUUUUCAAUUAAUGUUUUUUUCAUUUGUCAAUAUAUAUUAUUUUUUUCCUCAAAAUUAUAGAAACAGUUUAUUUAAAUGAUAGAUAGGAUGAGUGUACAAAACUAUGGUAAUAAAUUUAUUAAAAUCUGUUCAAAGAUAUAAUUAAAUUGUAAUAGUAAAACCAUAAUUAUUUAAUGAUAUUUUACUUGUCAAAGUAUGCAUUAAUUGGCUGUGCAUAAACAGGGAAGUACAUUUAUGGUAUUGAAUUUUUAUAUUACUAUAAAUUCAUUGGACCAGGAAGAACCAUUUCAACAGUUUCUCAAAACAAUUUCUUAAAUAAAACCAGAAAACCUUAAUUAGUAUUACAAAAUAUAAUAUAAAAACAAAAAUGGAGUAGUUCUCCUUUGGGGAAGAGAGGUAGAGAGGCAUUUGUUUGUUCGUGUGUUCCUUCUUUGUGGGUUUAUUGACAGCGAUGAUGAUCUUCAAGUAUCUUUGAAACUAUCUGUGGGAGAGAGGGUUUCUCAUAACUGAUUUCGUGUAGGUUUGGGACAAAUCGAUUUUUUUUUUUAAUUUAGAUUGUGAUUUCUUCCCUGCCCUUGUGGUGUAUAGUAAGAGAGUGAAAGAGGGCAGAGAAUUGUAUAUUGGUUCCUUUGCUUGAUACAAUAUAGCUUUACUGAUGGAGAAACGUGAACCCUCUUUGGUACCUGAAUGGUUGAGAAGUUCAGGGAAUGGUUCUGGUGUUGGGAAUAAAAGUCAUAUUCAGUCAUCUUCUGCUCGCUCAGGUAUGCUCCAGUUUUAUAUGCCUCUAUAUUCCUUUUAAAACCAUUGUUUGAAUAGCAUCGUAACUUCAUAUCAUUUCCGUUUUCAUUUUGAUUUAGAUAAUAACAAGAGUAGGAACCCUAGGGCAGAAACCGAUGUUGAUUCAGUUCGGUCUCCUUUAAUCGAUCGGUCUUCUUCCACCGAUGCACGGAGGAGGUUUAGUAAUGGGUCUACCAAAAAUGCAUAUAGGAAUUUCAAUGUUCAAAGGAGAGGUAAAGAUCGGAGAAUGGAGAGAGAUAGGCCGAGCUACAUAGACCCAUGGGACCGUGAUUCUCGUUUCCCUUUCGGUACCUUCUUAAAUGGAAGGAAUCAAGAGCAGUCAAGACGAUCAAAUUCAAUGACAACAAGGAAACAUGACGACUACUUAGCUCAAGGGUUUACAAAUGCAACGAGUUCCAGGGAUUUUCCUAGGCUUAAAACCGAAGAGGGGAAUGAAGGAGACCCAGACGCUGUAAAAAUCUCAUCUUCUGAUCUAAGUCUUGCUGUUCAGAGCUUGUCUGUUGGUGACUCAGGCAUUACUGCUGGGGAAGGUUGGGCAUCGGCUCCGGCGGAGGUUCCCAAUGAUAUUAAGAAAAGUGGUUCUGACUCUGAUAUUACUUCGAAUACCUUAACGGGACAGACUCGUAACAUGGCUGAAGCAUUGCUGCAGCCUCCUAGAACUGGUGCAUUUCCUCAGGGAUAUUCAAUGAUAAAAAGACUUGAGGACCAAGCUCUUAAGCUAAUACCGGUUGUGCCUUCUGCACCAAAGGGCUCAGUAAGCUUUUUUUCCGGAGCUAUUAUUAUUUUCCUCCUCUCUUUCCUUGGGCUAUACUGUAUAUAUUUUGGUUUUAUUUAUCAGGUUUCCAUGACCAAACCAAUGGUUCGAAGUGGUGCAGUUGGUCUUGCUUCUUUUAGAAAUACCCACAAGCAUUCCUCGAUGCUGCUAGGCAAUAUUCAUUCUAAUUAUGGUAAGCCUGAUAGUAAGCUGGUAAUUCUCAACCCUGCGGGCAAAGAAUCUGGAGGUCCAAGUCGUAUAACCAACAGCGUGGCAGCUGGUUUCCAGAUGAUCGCUGCUCCAUCUGCGCCAUUCAUUACUUCUGUGGCUCAAACGCAGAGCAGGAAUGCGUUUUACAGUGCUUUGAAGAAGAAGACAUCUACAAACAUCUCAACUAGCUCUUGCAUCUUCCCUUCUGUCGAGGAAAAAUCAGACAUCUCUAAGGAGCUUGUAGCUAGUAACCCUUCAAGUGUGCAUGCUGCAGAAAGAGAUGGUGGUUUUGAACCGGCAGACCUUCCAGAUGAAGAAGAGGCUGAGUUCCUUAAAUCCCUUGGGUGGGACGAAAACAAUACUGAGGUAGAAGCCCUUACAGACGAGGAGAUCAGAGCUUUCUAUGAACAGCACAAGAAGUUGAAGCCAUCACUGAUGAAAAAGCUGCCUAUCAUUAAAGAGGCAACUGAGGACGCAACUCUCAGCUCGUGAUCCGAUUUUGAAGAUAGUUUUCUCAUUUCUCUUUCCUUAUUUUGGUGGUGGGGAGCUUCAGUUGCACUAUGAGUGUUGUUCUACUUCUUCAGAAAAGCAACAAAAUUGAGUAUUUGUACAUCUUUUGGUCU